AUGGUCGCCUGGCGCGAGCUUUGCAAGGGAGUUCUAGUGGAGGCCUUGCGUUUUGUGGUUGCUGCUUGGGGCGAGUCGAAGCAUCCUGUCAGCUGCAAAGAGAACGGUCAAGAGGCCACCUGGAUCUGUUCUGAUCAGAGGGACUACUGGGAGGCUCAGGCUAGGAAGUGUCGAGACAGGCUUGCUGAGGCAGAGCUUUCCAUUCUGGAAUUAGAGGCUUAUCGAAGGCAGCGAUUCUGGAUUGAACUUGUGCUUUGGUUCCUGAGCAUUCUGCUGAGUUUCCUGCUGGGCGGUUUUCUUUCCGCUACAAUUUCUUCGUGGCACCGCGGUGUGACACCCGGGCACUCGGGUCAAGGACUGGCAUUGGAGGCACCGCAGUGGGUCGCCGAGAGUGAGACCUUGGCUUCUGUGCCAAAGGAUGGCAAGGAACUGGCUGACACGAUCCUGGAGGUAGGUCAGGUGUAUCAAGACAUAAGGCGUGUUCAUAAUGGUCGGCUGCCCCAGGGUGUUGACGAGAAUGAGACCUACAUGGCCAAGCAUUCGGAUCAAGGUGCCUUUACUAGGCAAGAGUUGCUGGAGCUGAUAAAGAAGGCAGAGGCAGAUGACACACGUCGGCCCCGUCAUCGCAUUACUGGCAAGCUGGACUCGGAUGGUCAAAGGCAUCCGGUCAGGGCUACUGGAAUGGAGGCGGCGGUCCAUGAGAGAGAGGUCUCGGACUUCGUGUGGAUCGUGGUGUACAGCUCUGAUGGGGAGAAUGUCGGUGAUCAGGUGACUUGUCCGGCCUCCUCGCCUUUGCUACAAGUGGGUGGUCUUGAUUACAAGCUUUUUGUAUCAGGAGGCCGCACCCUGCUAGCGCGGAAGGUGGCCGCUGAAGUUGCUCCAGAGGUCAGCAGCGCUCUCAGGCCAAGGGCUGGAGAUGUCCAGGCAGCUGAAAGGGAUGUGAGGGUACUUCCUGUCAUGUUUGACGCAUCUGAUGAGAGAUGGCGUACUUUGACGGAGGCGUUCCCUGAGUACGAGGAAAUUGAGUAUGACGAUUUCCCGCUCACUGGACCCCGGACGGUUUACAGGGACAUCAGACAGCUCAGGAGGCUGGGUUUUGACUUUGUGCAACACCACGAAAGCUGGGUCCGAAAAUCAGGAGUUCGUGGUACGGAUCGCAGUGUGCAUGAGCAUUCGUCCAUUUGCAGAGCAUUGAACUUCAUGGCAUCGUACGACCAGCUGAACCUACCAUCAUUAGCUUCUGCCGAGGCUUUGAACCGCAGAAGGGCACUGAUCGAGGUAGCUCAUCAAGGUCGUCCGGAUGCCCCCUCCUACGAGGGAUCGGACGAGAUACUUGGUGUCCGUGAAGCCACGGACGGUUCAGUUAUCGACCCGGCCUUGACGCAGCACGCGGCAAAGCGACAAGCAGCACGAGCCGAGAUCCUAAAGCAGAACAGGUUGGCUGCAGAGGAACGAAAGCAUCUUCGGCAGCGACCUGAUGGUCCACCAAAUCCUCCGAACAAGCCGGACAAGAAGGGAAAAGGCGAAGGCAAGGGUGGUCAAGGUGGUUUGGCGAUGUUUUCCCCUUACCCUUACCUGUUGACGAUGGUUUUGCCGGGUGUGAAAGUGGUCUGGCUUCGCGUCGCUCAAGACAGAGGGUUUUUCAGAUGCAAGCACAUGGCCGUUGUCGCAUUUGAAUGCGGCGCAGCGGCACAUCAAUUCGCGGAUCAGGCAGCGCUUCGGCAGCUGCUGCGUAAGAAGGCUGGGACAUACUCAUCUGACCAGCCGGGGCAACUUGCCUCCUAUGCGCGAGAGCGGCUAUCCCUACCACGGGGACAGGGUGAACCAGUUCGGCUCACUGAUAUCCUCCCCCCGCGUGAAAGGCACCAGCUCGAGAACUUUGCCGAUGAGAUGAUGUUGGGCGAUGAGGAGAUUGCUGGGGUGCUGGAAAGGGGGUUAGAUGGUCUACGGCACAUAGAUCCGGUUUUGGCACAUAAUCCACGACGGUAUCAUGAAUUUGUUGCGGACCUGUACGAUUGCAAGCUUGUGGGGUUCACGGUGACGCCAAGGGUGCAGGUGGGAGCAUUCGUGGUCACGAAGAAGGGUGAUCGCCAGCGGCUGAUCGUGGAUGCUCGCCGCACAAAUAGGCUUUUUAGGACUCCGCCUAGCACAAACCUGGGAUCCAUAGAGAGUUGGGCGAGGUUGGAGUGCAGUCAAGGGGAGACACUUUUCAUGGCGCAGGAGGACGUAAAGGAUUUCUUCUACAGACUUCGUAUAGAUCAGAAGCUGGGGGAGUAUUUUGCGCUCCCGAUGGUCGAUCCCCUCUUGCUGCAGGAGUGCCUUGGAUACAUGCCGGAGGAGCUCCAAGCACUCGCCGACAGGCACGAAGGGCCCUACUACCCGUUCCUGACAGUGUUGCCGAUGGGAUUCAGUUGGGCCUUCCAUCUCGCACAUCAGGCGCACAUGGAGGUGGCGCGUCGCGUAUUGCCGGACAGCCUGCUGGUCAAGGACCGGAGGCCAGCAGUGCGCAUGGGACGUGCCGAUGGGGAGUGCCAAACAGCUAUGCUCAUAUAUGCUGACAAUAACAACCAUCUCGGCGUUGACCUGGGCCAGGUAGAUCGGGAUCAAGAGCGUGUCAUGGAAGAACUUCACAGGCAUGGUCUGGCCACUCAUGAUAUUGUGCAUGGUUGCAGUCUGUGUGAAAGCUUGGGGGUGCGAGUGGACGGCUUGAACGGAAAGGUCGAGACUACUCCAAAGAGGGACUGGAGGCUGGAUAGAGCGCUGCUGGCUUGCUGUGCUGCCCCGUGUCUUUCUGGUGCCGAGCUGGAAGUUCUGGUGGGUCACAUGACGGUCAGGGCUUUGUUGCACAGAGGGCUAAUGAGCAUCCUCAGGCACUCCUAUGUGUUCAUCCGCUCGAAUUACCACCGAAGGACGAGGCUUUGGGACAGCGUCAUACACGAACUGGAGUUGUUCCGCAAUCUUAUGGUCCUUGGACAGGCAGACAUCUUUUCCAGAUGGGACGCUUCGCCCUUAAUCACUGACGCUUGCACAUCGGGGUAUGGAGUCUGUGAGGGGCAAUGGAAUGUCACCGAAGUUGAAGCUGUUGGAAGAGAAGAUGAACGCUGGAGGUAUCACCGUGGGCCUCCAGAUCGGGAAAAUCCCAGAGCCGCGGCCUUGAACACCACUGAUGUUUUUGAUGACCCGUGCAGUGUCCUUCCGGAUUUUGAGGGUGAGCUACCGUUCCAGCUAGUUGAGAACCCAAUGUUUCCGGAGGUUCCGAAGUCGUUGCUCUCGCCCGAGAAAUGGCACACAUUGUGGUGUGCUCCCUUCGACUACAAGGACACCAUACAUGUUCUGGAAGCGAGGGGAGUGUUGGGAGCAGUCAAGCACAGAAGCCGAGAUCAGAUGAAGCAUGGUACCAGGGUUCUCAUUUUGAACGACAACCUCGGUGUCGUGUUAUCCAUCAGCAAAGGUAGAUGUGCGGACUAUGGCCUAUUACGCAUCCUCCGCAGGAUUGCAGCUCACAGUCUGGCCACAGGCAUCCGUUUCAUAGUGCGAUGGGUGCCCUCUGAGCUGAACAUCGCUGACGGCCCGAGCCGCACAUGGGAAUCCCCACAUGAGCAGUACCGCAAAUGUGAGGCGCGGCGUAAAGAGGGUUGUCGAAAUUUUCACGAAGGAGGAGGCCACGAGAGCCAAUGCCAGAUUGAGUAG